GUCAAAUCAAUAUUAUUGCAUACACUCACCCGUAUUAUUGAAUAGACUGCAAAGGAUAAAUUUAGCUCCUAUGUACGUUGUACGCCCGUAUUAUUGAAUAGAUUGCAAAUAUAUACUUGACUUUAACUUCCCAAAUAGGUCAAAAAACGGAAAUUUUUCUGGCGCUGCGCGCGCUACAAGGACCCCAGGAGCCAUGGGCCCGCCCACAUGCCCGCCCAAGGACGCCCGCUGGACGCCCACAAAAAUGUAGCUGGGGCCCCCCAGAGCAUUGGGGGGCGCCCGGCUGCCGCCCAGCCCACGGCCGCCCACUACCACUGAGGUACCUUUUUUGGGCCUCAAAAAGGUACCUCUCGAGGUACAAAAGUGGGGUGUCCAAGGUGAUCUUGUAACGAAGUACGGCGAGGACGAAGGCUACGGCCUGAAUCAAUGG